AUGUCCUGCUAUGACCAGUGCCAGCCAUGCCGGCCCUGUGGCCCCACCCCGCUGGCCAACAGUUGCAACGAGUGCUGUGUCAGGCAGUGCCAGAACUCCACUGUUGUCAUCCAGCCCUCCCCUGUGGUGGUGACCCUGCCUGGCCCCAUCCUCAGCUCCUUCCCACAGAACACCGCCGUGGGCUCCUCCACCUCCGCUGCUGUUGGCAGCAUCCUCAGCUCUAACGGGGUGCCCAUCAACUGCUGCUGUGACCUCUCCUGCAUCACCAGCCGCUACUGUGGCAACAGAUGUCGGCCCUGCUAA